UCGCAAUCGCAUGCGCAUGCACGUCGGGGCACCGGCCGGAGGUUUUGCCACCAUAAACACUCGUGUCCCGCUAGGAAAAGGACACAGCCCGCGAGUCCAGCCCGGCCGCCGUCACCCGCCGGCCUCGCCGCUCGUCAGAUUCCCCAAGACUAACAACGAGACCCCAGUUCACCGCAGCUUGAAGGCAGCCGGGCGUAACACGCACUAUGCAAGGUCACCCCGUCCCACCUACCAACACGCCGGCCCCGCCGAGCGCGUCCCGAGCGCCGCAGCCCCACCCGUGAGUCACCCGAAGAACCCAACCCAUCCACCGCGCGUGCGGCGUGCCCCACUUGGAGACUCGCCGUGCGCCCCACUAGUCUCCCAUCUUUCUCCCACUCGGCCGCUCGUCUCGCUUCCUUCUCCACCCCACCCCACCCCGCCGCGAGAGUGGAGGCGCCCCCGCGCCACGCUGCGCCGACCCAGCCCAACCAGACCCGACCUGCGUGUCCCGUCAAAACCCACCGCGCGAGCGCCCGCAAAGACGCUACAAAUCUCGCGCAUUUCCAGCCUCUCCGAAGCCGCUCGCCCGUGCCGAGACGACGACGCGGCGGAGCCCGUGGUAGCUAGAGGGAGAAGCGGGACGAAGGCGAUGGGGGACGAGUCGGAGGGCGAGGCGGAGGAGUACCUGUUCAAGGUGGUGAUCAUCGGGGACAGCGCGGUGGGGAAGAGCAACCUGCUGUCGCGGUACGCGCGCAACGAGUUCAACCUCCACUCCAAGGCCACCAUUGGGGUCGAGUUCCAGACGCAGAGCAUGGACAUCGACGGCAAGGAGGUCAAGGCCCAGAUCUGGGACACUGCAGGGCAGGAGCGCUUCCGCGCCGUCACCUCCGCCUACUACCGGGGCGCCUUCGGCGCGCUCCUCGUCUACGACAUCUCGCGCCGCUCCACCUUCGACAACGUCGGAAGAUGGCUCCAGGAGCUCAACACGCAUUCUGACACUACGGUAGCCAAGAUGUUGGUCGGCAACAAAUGCGAUUUGGAGAAUAUUCGUGAAGUACCCGUUGAGGAAGGCAAGGCGCUUGCCGAAGCUGAAGGCCUGUUCUUCAUGGAGACCUCAGCUCUGGAUGCCACGAACGUGAAGACAGCUUUCGAGAUCGUCAUCAAGGAGAUUUACGGCAACGUGAGCCGGAAGAUCUUGAACUCCGAUUCUUACAAAGCCGAGCUAUCCCUCAACAGGGUAAGCAUCGACGGCGACUCGAAAGAUGAUCAGAAGCAGACGAGCCGGUUCGGGUGUUGCUAGGGGAUUCUAGUACAUUAUUGGAUUGGAUUUUAACGAGAUAUGAAGUUUUUUUUUUACCAUUGAUAUUGCUUGUAAACUGUAUCUCAAAGUUUGAAUUUUGGUUUGUUACAGACUGGGAAGAGAAUAGUUGUAACUGGAGUGCGAACUGCUUUGCGCUGUUACAUGAAAACCUGUAACUCGAUUUUUCACGUUUUGUAAAAUAGAUUUAUGAGCCCGAA